CGGUACCGUCCAUCUCUCCUUCACCUCAAGAUGAUCGGUUUUGCCGCGGAGGCUGCGGGCAGGUGUUCGAGCACGGCGCAGGCACGUCGUUAACUUGCAUGCAUGCACCCCACGCCGUCGUCCCCGGUCCGGUUCGCAGACUACUGCCGCCGGCUGGAAGAUGCUGAGCCGACUAAUGAGCAGCAGCAUCCGGAGUCUGGACCGAGAGUGCAACUGCACAGUGAGGCUGCUGGACGACUCCGAGUACACCUGCACCAUCCAGCGGGACGCUAAGGGACAGUAUCUGUUUGACCUCAUCUGCCAUCACCUCAACCUGCUGGAGAAAGACUACUUUGGCAUCAGAUAUGUGGACCCAGACAAGCAGAGGCACUGGUUGGAGUUUUCAAAGUCAAUUGCCAAACAAAUGAAAUCUCAGCCUCCUUUCACAAUGUGUUUGCGUGUCAAGUUCUACCCCCCGGACCCUGCCGCCCUUCGAGAGGAGAUCACCAGAUAUCUGGUCUUCCUGCAAGUGAAGAGGGAUCUCUACCACGGUCGCCUCUUGUGCAAGACCUCGGACGCUGCUCUCUUGGCUGCGUAUAUACUGCAAGCUGAAAUCGGUGACUACGACCCCGGAAAACACCCCGAGGGCUACAGCUCCAAGUUCCAGUUCUUCCCAAAACACUCGGAGAAAUUGGAGCGACGCAUAGCGGACAUACACAAGACGGAGCUGAUAGGUCAAAGUCCUGAAACAUCAGAGCUUAACUUCCUCCAGAAGGCUCAGAUGUUGGAGACGUAUGGAGUGGACCCACAUCCAUGCAAGGACGUGUCUGGUAAUCCAGCUUUUCUAGCAUUCACACCGUUUGGAUUCACCGUACUGCAAGGAAACAGGAGGAUUCAUUUCCUAAAAUGGGAUGAGGUGACCAAGCUGAAGUUUGAGGCAAAGACAUUCCACAUAUAUGCAAGUCAGACAGAGGAACAGAAAAUCAUACUGACCUACUUUGCACCAACCCCUGAGGCCUGUAAGCACCUCUGGAAGUGCGGUGUGGAAAAUCAAGCCUUCUAUAAGUUGGAUAAGUCCAGUCAAGUGCGCACAGUGUCCAGUAGCAAUCUCUUCUUCAAGGGUAGUCGCUUCAGAUACAGUGGAAAGGUUGCAAAAGAGGUCAUGGAACAAAGUGCCAAAAUUAAAAGGGACCCGCCUGAGAUUCACAGGGCGGGCAUGGUGCCAAGUAGGAGCUGUCCAUCAAUCACACACGGCCCCCGUUUGACGAGUGUACCCAGGACGAGACGGAGAGCCGUGCACAUCUCCAUCAUGGAGGGCCUUGAGUCCCUCCGAGACAGCGCACACUCCACGCCGGUCCGCUCCGUCUCCCAUGGCGACUCCUUCAUGCCCUCUAGAGGCCAGACGGUAGAUGGCGGCGAGGCCAGCACCUCAGCGGUCAUCUCCGACGAGGCCUACAGCCCCUCAGACAGCGUCCUGCCUACGCCCGUGGCCGAACACGGAAUGGAGAUGCACCUCAACGGCGCCCCCCGCAGCAUUGACGAUGAAGAGUGCGGGGUUUCGUUGGAAGGCCAGGUAGCAGAGUCCAGGGUUGGUAGAAGAGCGCCACGUUUGGCUAGAAGCAGGCCGUCGCCCCCUAGUGACGUGGAGGAGCUGCACAAGUUCAUCCUGAGCGUUCUACGCUUGUUCCUGGUCACCAUCGGACUGCUCUUCGCCCUGCUGCUGCUCCUCAUCAUGCUGACAGAGUCCGAUCUGGACAUCGCCUUCCUGAGAGACAUCCGCAAGACCCCCGAAUUCCAGCAGUUCCACAUAGAGUAUUUCUGCCCGCUGCGGCGCUGGUUCGCCUGUAAACUCAGAUGGAUGGGGGGGCUCCUCAUCAGCAAGUGAGGCCCCGGGAGAAAAUGACGCUGCUGCUAAAGCGUCCACCAAAACAAAGAUGGCGUCCCAUUUCCCAAAUACGCACAGAUUUUCCAUGUCACAAGUCACGGACUGUCUCUUAUUUGUGCUCAUAUUACGACAGUUAAUUUAAAUAUAUUAUUUUGUACAACGUCCUAGUAGGAAAAAAAUAACAUUAAAUGAGAAAAAGUUUGUGUUUAAAAAUGUAAAAAUAUUUUAUUUGAAAAAAAGAGAAAAAAAGCAAUAAUAUUUUUAUUGAAUAAUUAAUACAAUUAAUAAUAAUUAGGGAUGUCCAAUAAUAUCGGCCUGCCGAUAUUAUCGGCCGAUAAAUGCGUUAAAAUGUAAUAUCGGAAAUUAUCAGUAUCGGUUUUUUUAUCAUCGGUAUCGGGGUUUUUUUUUGUUUGUUUGUUUUUUUAAUUAAAUCAACAUAAAAAACACAAGAUACACUUACAAUUAGUGCACCAACCCAAAAAACCUCCCUCCCCCAUUUACACUCAUUCACACUCAUUCACACAAAAGGGUUGUUUCUUUCUGUUAUUAAUAUUCUGGUUCCUACAUUAUAUAUCAAUAUAUAUCAAUACAGUCUGCAAGGGAUACAGUCCGUAAGCACACAUGAUUGUGCGUGCUGCUGGUCCACUAAUAGUACUAACCUUUAACAGUUAACUUGACUAAUUUUCAUUAAUUACUAGUUUCUAUGUAUCUGUUUUUAUAUCGUUUUACUUUCUUUUUUAUUCAAAAAAUUUGUUUUAAUUUAAUUAUCUUAUUUUAUUAAUUUUUUUAAAAGUACCUUAUCUUCACCAUACCUGGUUGUCCAAAUUAGGCAUAAUAAUGUGUUAAUUCCACGACUGCAUAUAUCUGUUGAUAUCGGUAUCGGUAAUUAAAGAGUUGGACAAUAUCGGAAUAUCGGAUAUCGGCAAAAAGCCAUUAUCGGACAUCCCUAAUAAUAAUUACUAUCAUUAAUAAUAUAUAAUUACAACUAUUUGGACUAUUUAUAAAUUAUUAGUAUGUGUUACAAUUAUUGAUACUAUUAAUAUACUGUGGUCUGUUUGCACAGCUGUUUCUAAUAUUUUGACUGUGUCAUGUAGCUAAAAAAAACAAAAAAGGUAUAAAGAACAGUAGAAACAGUCGAUGCAGUGCAGUUCUACACUACAACCACAAUAAUAAACAUAUUGUUACAGUAAUAAUAGACUGUACAAGUGUACCCAUUAAGUGUACUGUACAUUAUGGAACGUUAUUGUCGAAAGUUUUAGUUAUGGUAUAGAUGCGUUCUAAUUUGUAGCAACAAUAAGGAUGGUAAGUCAUAUGAUCAUGCGGGCGAGAAAGAAAGUGGGAAAGAGUAAAGAUAAAUGGAGAUAGGAUGAGCUGUGAUUAAAGUAUGAUUCAUUUGUACAAUUUUAGGUGUUCAAGGUAUAGGUUAUUUGGUGCCAUAAUGAAAUAAAUAUAACGAUGUUGGAAUGAAUUUAAAAAGAUUGGAAAUAAUUAUAAACUGAACAUUUAUACAAACUAUAUAUAGUAUAAUUUAACUGCUAUGCUGUCAAUUUGAAGAUUAAAUACCUGUCAUAACAAGUAUUAAACAUGUAAUAAAUGUGUUAACCCAGUUCGGAUACAUAAAUGUGUCAAUAAUUUCACAUUUUACUGAAUAAUUAGCUAAUUUAAUACAUUUUAAUUUUAUUAAGUCACUUGUAUUAUUUGUUUAAUUAGUUAUCUUUGAGGGAUUAUAAUAAGUAUUAUUAGUAAAUCAAUUAAUUGGAUUAAAUAAAAAUAAAAAUAUGUAAAAAUAUUAAAUUGAAUGAUUCAUUUAUUUGAUUUGAUUUAGUUAAGUAACCCUUAAUAUAUUCGAACUGUGUUUGUCAUUUUGGCUUUAAAUGAUUAGAGAUUAGUUUUGUUUAGGUGUGCACUUUAGUCAUUUACCAUCCAAAGACAGCAGCAGAAUGAAAGUGGUAGUUUUCAAAAAAUCAAACGAGCUGCCAAAUAAUGCGCACGUCUACAAUCAUCGUGUGUGCUGACAAUAGACGGACGUGACCUAAAGUUAGUAUAGUUCUCGUCAACUGGUUUGUGCAAUGCUGUCAAUCACAGACUAUAACCAAUCCUGUCACUGGUGGCUAUAAUGUGACAUCUCUGCAUCGUUUGUAAAGUGCAAAAAUGAGCAGAAGUCCAGCUUUUUCUGUUUUUUUCAAGUGAUAAGUGAAAGUUGUGUUUUGUGUUUCAUGUUGCAAUCCCGCUGACAUCAUUUUCAUUAAUGCGCCAACCAAAGAAACCUGAUUUGUGUUUGUGCUGCUUUAGCCUUAGCCUGCAGUGUCUUUACUGGCGUAACGUUUAAAUCUAAUUAAGAGCGGUCAGGAGAGGUUCAACUUAAGUAUUUUAUCAACAUUUAAAUCACCAGUUGGACUAUAGACCCCAAUUAGUUCCACUCUUUGUGAUUCUUCAUCUUACCAAGACAUUUUGGACAAUUGUAGACGUACGUUGUGGAAGAAGGGAAGACCAUUUUUUGUCCCUUUGAGAAAAACCAAAAUGGUUAUAUAGGGUCUAACUUCACUUUUUCUACCAUUUUCACUUACUGUACAGCCAGGUGUCCAAAAUUGUCUUCACUAGUUUAGGUUAAAGUGCUAAAAAGUCAGUGGAAAAUGACAAAUAAGCACUGAGAAUGUGUCAAGCGUUGGCAAUGAAUGAACUCGCUCUUGCUAGCAAUCCCAGAAUGCACUGCGUCAUGUCAGCCAUUUGGAUUUGCUAAUAACUAACAUAUUGGAGUGCUGAUAUAAACACCAAUAAAGCUAAGUUUGUUUUUAAUUGGGGCCUACUUAGCAUACUUGCCAACCCUCCCGGAUUUUCCGGGAGACUCCCGAAAUUCAGCGCCUCUCCCGAAAACCUCCCGGGACAAAUUUUCUCCCGAAAAUCUCCCGGAAUUCACGCCCCCUCCAGCUCCAUGCAGACCUGUGUCCGCUUUCCCACAAUAAAAAACAGCAUGCCUGCCCAAUCACGUUAUAAUUGUAGAAUGAUGGAGGGCGAGUUCUUGGUUUUUUAUGUGGGUUUAUUGUUAGGCAGUUUCAUUAACGUCCUCCCAGCGCGGCAACAACACACAACAGCAGUCACGUUUUCGUCUACCGUAAAGCAGUUCGUCUGCCGUAAACAGCAAUGUUGUGACACUCUUAAACAGGACAAUACUGCCAUCUACUGUACAUGCAUAUGAACAUCUAGGGCUUUUAGCACAACUGCGCACUCAACAAGGAGACGAAGCAGAAUGCAUCAUCAUAGAGGGUGUUCAGCAUGGUUAGAAAAAUAGUGACAGAGAAUAGAACAAGAAUGGACAAUUCAACCCUUAACUCAACAAUGAGUAGAUGAGUGUUAUGUGUGUGUAUAUGUGUAAAUAAAUGAACACUGAA